UAGCGACACGAUACGUUGAUCCGAACGUUGCUUACGUUCAGAAAUUAUUUUUAUUUUAUUUUGCUAACAUCAUCGCAUCGCUGCCUUAGUUUGUUGGAGUAUUUCUGGACGAAACAAAUCAUAGUGUUACCAGCCUUUAAAUACUGAUACUUUUAGUAGAUUUAUGAGAACUUUAUUUAGUUAUUAUCCUAAUUUACCUAAUAUGAUUUUUUCCACGUAAUAGUGGUUCUGUAAUAAUGAAAGUGGUUCAAUAAUCCAGCAUUGACUUGCUUUCGAUACGGUAGUUAAUGAAAGUAAACAAUCAAUCCAUAAAUGUAUGUUCUUGUAAUGUGAAAUCUCGAUUAAUGAUAAUAUUAAUAAUUACUUGUCAUUUGUCUACCUGUGGAAAUUUAAAUUUUAUUUAAUAAUAAAAAAACAAUUUUAAAAAGUAGACUACGGUAGUAAUUUACAUAGUAGUUAUUUUUUGUACGCUUGUUACCCUGAAAUUUGACAUUGACAUGACAGAAUACUUGUUGUCUUGUCUUUGUCUUGUCUAUGGUACAGUUUUUGAAAUCGAAGCGUUACAAUUUUGAACAGCAACAAUAUUUUAUUUGUUGGAGAUUAAUUUGGAUUUGCGUUUACUCACUGUGAUUUUACUGACAAUGGAAAAAAGAAACGUGACUAACUUUCGAGGAGAAAGCUGCACACCGAACUACAAAUUCCACAUAAAGGACGAGCCGGUUACACCGAACAACGAAGAAUUUGGUGAACACAAUAACUUUGAUUACUCCUUUGAUAAUGACUGCGGAGACAUGAAGAAAUCCCUCUCAAUGAGCGAUAUUGCGGCUAUAAGAGAAGACUUAAUGAAUUUAGAGCUUCAAGGAAACAAAGAAGAGGUUUAUCAUCGCUACAGGAGAUCAACAGCGCACAGCCACGACCAGCCGCAAGCGCUGUCGCGUACCAAGUUUGUUUCAAUGGCCGAAGCCAUCUAUCACUUUCAAAGAGACACCCCGGGGCGCUUCCACAGCACCCGGCCGAGCAUCUUCCAGGCGCAGGGACAUGCCGCCCGCCUGGAGCUCACUGUGCCGCAGUCACCCAUGCUGCUGUGCAAACAACGCUCCCGACCGCUCCACAUCAUCUCGCAGAAGGAAAAAGAGGAACAGGAAAUAGAGGAGAUAAGAAAACACAAAAUAAAAGCCAACCCUGUUCCAAAAUCAGUGAUUGAAGGCCCACACUUGCCCGAGGUACCCAAGAGACCGCUGACGCUCCUUGAACCAUUCAAUCUGACAGAAAUACCUAAGAAAAUACAAUCUCCUGAACCUGUAAUAAAGUUUAAAGCUCGACAAGCUCCCAAACACAUCCUCGAGAAGCCUCAGAUUCCCGCUAAGCCUCCAGUUCAUGUUACUAAACCUCUGACACCCAAAUUUCAUUACAAACCUUUACAAGAGCAAAUGCAAGCCUUCAGAAAUAGACAAGCAAAACCUGUGGAGAAGCCCGCGCAAAAGCCAGUACAGCGUCAUGGACCUAUUCGUCCUGAACCAUUCUCAUUUGAAAAAAGAGAUGAAGAAUUAAAACGCCUCAAAGAAGAAAGGAUUAAAAGACAGAUUGAAGAAGAGAAAAAACAAGCAAGUCAGUUUAAAGCCCACCCAUUGCCAGGCGUAGUUAGGAAGGUGAUGAUGAAAACUGCAGCUAAAGGUUGCUCAUCCAAUGCUUCUUCGGAAAAUAAAGAAAACUUUAAGUUUGAGGCCCGACCGCCAGUAGUCCUCUAUAAGGAGCCAUUCAAACCUGUCCUGAAGCCGAUACAGAUAGUGAAGCCAACUCCAUUUGCACUAACAACUGAAAAGAGAGCAGCUGAAAGAGAGAAGUUUGAUAAAAAUCUAAAGGAGAAGGAAGAGGAACAAGAAAAGCUGAGGCAGCAAAAAGAGAGAGAAGCAAAAGAGAUUGAAGAGAAACAAAUGGCUGCAAUCCGAGCCAAAUUGGUGCACCAUCCCAAGCCAUUACAUGUGGCUGAGCCCUUCCUGCCUCAGAGAUCUGAGAUGCCAUUGACUGUUCCAGAGACACCUAAGUUUAUAAGACGGUUGAAGCAACAGUAGAUUUUAAUAUUUUACCCCCACAUGAAAAGGGUUGUUUUUAGUAGUGUGUAUACUUGUGUCUGCCUAUCUAAUGUCUAAUGUGAAUUUAUAUAAAGUCCUUAGCUAUGUUUGAUCAAAAUAAGUUCAGAAAUUCAAAUGUUAUGCAGUCAUUUGUUGUGUUUUUUAAACUAUGGUUAUGUUAUUACAGUGGUGGACUUGUUCAACAAAACACUAUGCACUGAUUUAAAAUUGAGUUUUAAUUACAAGUGUUUUGGUUUAGGUCUUCCUCUGUAGUAUAUUCUUUGUGCCAUGAGUGGGGCUAUAGGCAGACACAUCUUUAGUAUUGUUAUUAAUUAUGGUUAAUUAGAAUUAUGUUGUGUAUAUAUCCUACAUUCUAUUUACUCAAAAUGAUUUUUUACGCUAUGACAUUGUAAUUUUAUGGAAUACAAUUCAUUAAUUAUGAUGCGAUAACAUAUAAUUUUGUUUUUAGAAGUAAUUUUAUUCUUAGACAUUAGCAGCAUUGUCGUCAAUUUUGUUUUAGGAAACAUACAUGAAUGAUAAAUAAAUGACUUUACAAAUAAUAAUUGUGUGUAUUUUACUCAACGACCUAA